GUGGCCGUGAACAAGCCCGCCGGCAUCUCCGUGCACCGCAACAAGGACACGGGCCGGCGGCGCGUCGUGACGACGCAGCUCCAGCGCCAGUUCCGGCGGAAGGUGUUUCCCGCGCACCGGCUCGACCACCGGACGUCCGGCGCGCUGCUCUUCGGCUUCGACGGGCCGACGGCGGGCAAGGCGCACGACGCGCUCGCGGCGGGCACGAAGGAGUACCUCUGCCUGCUGCGCGGCGGCGACUGGCCCGGCGAGGGCGGCGCGGACGUCGUCGUCGAGAAGCCCGUGAAGGGCGACGACGGCGCGCCGCGCGACGCGCGGACCGUGUUCCGCUACCUCGCGUCGCAGGAGGAGCCGCGCUGCACGCUGUGCAUCGCGGCGCCGGCGACGGGGCGGCCGCACCAGAUCCGCCGGCACGCGCAGCACCUGUCGAUGCCGGUCAUCGGCGACUCGAAGCACGGCGACUCGAGGGUCAACCGCUGGUGGCGCGAGGAGCGGGGUCUGGAUCGCCUGGCGCUGCACUGCCUCGCGAUCUCGCUCGACGACGUCGACGGCGAGGCGGUGUCGCUGCUGGCGCCGUUGGAGGGCGAGCUCGCGCGCGCGCUCCGCGGCGAGCCGCUCUGGGCCGCGGCCGCGGCGCGCGACCCGCGGCUGGACGCGCCGCCCGUGGACGUGCGCACGGGCAGCCACGGGAGUCGGGACGAUAAGGUGGCGUAG